AUGAGAAUCAAGAGAGAAUGGUUAGACUCAUCUAGUGGCGAAAACCUAUUACCAAAUCUUUAUUGGCUAAAGAUCACUAAACCAACUUAUCUUAGUUACUUAAAACAUCGUAACAGAACAGAACAGGCAUUCAAUAAAGAAAAAGUGUACUCUCAAUACGUAAAAGAAUUAGAAGUACUUAAAGCAAAUUAUACAUCUGGAUACUACUCGGAGAUUUUUAAAAGGGCCUUAGAUAAAGCAAGGGAUAUUAUUGAUGACGAAGACGAUCAAAGUAUCAUUGAGGAGAUUUCGGUAAUUAUAUGUAAAACCCCAGGUAAAUCUUCCGAACAGAAUCGUGAAAUAGAAGAUGAUCAAAUGGUAGCAGACCUGUCACUACAAGAUUUGUUUGAAUCCGAAUUUCAUUGUUCUGACAAUAUGAUGUCGAUCUGUCAAUACCACAAUGAAAUCUACCCAAAUGAUCCUCUGAUUGAUUUGAGACCCAAUUCAAAUUUUACAAAACAACUCCCUUUAAACAUUCUUGCAAUUAUCUUAAAUAUCUCGAUGAUAGGAUCGAUAAAUUUAACGGGCAGUGAUUGGAAUGAAAAGAUCGAUGACCUAAAAUGUUCAGAUAAAACUGAUCAUUUAAUGGUUUCAAUGAUAAGAAUCUUGGGCAGGACUUUACCAUUUUUUUAUUAUGGCAUUUUCACUAGGAUAAAUAAUCCUCUUUUGAAUUUGACUGCAUUAGAAUGA